AGACCCAGCAGCAGAAGCCAAGAGAAGAGCCCGGAGCAUGCAAGCCUCUCACUGAGUCAGGCCAAGGAGACAGAUCAUCCCAGCAGUCCUGGUCUUAGGAGUGACAAAGAGCUGAGGGACAGCUUUGGAAAGACCCACGCUGAAUUGUGCAGGUUGGCUAAAGAGAACUUGGAGCUGAAGAAAAUGGAGAUUUUGAUGGAAGAGAUGAAGAGGAGACAAAAUGAAAAAUCCUUGCUGCUUCCUCCAGAGACAUUUGAGCCUGGGGAUGCAGCUGAAGCAAGCUUCAGCCUACCACCUAUCAAUGGCACAGCUCCCAGUGUACAGAGAAAAGACCCUGGUAGCGCCAUGAAGAAAACAGUCGUGAGAAAGCAGGACACGGUGCCCUUACAGCCCAGUACGCCCACCCUCCCUGGAGAUGGCAGCUUCCCAUGCAGCUCCUCAGAGACCUCGCAGACAGCCACUGGUGCCCUGCGCCGAGAGGAGCCGCUCCGUGGGCUCAGACAGAAGGACAGAGCCUUUUCGGACCCACAGCAGGCCUUGCAGGAGGCACUGUCCUUGCUGGGCAGCGACGACUGGGAACGGAAGAAGAAGGGACUCUUGAACAUCACACUGCUGGCUGAGUCCCAUUCAGAAGUCCUGCUCUGUCGACUUCGUGAGAUUUGCUUGGCAGUUACCAGUGAGGUGACCAACCUCCGGUCCAACGUGUCCUGCUCUGCAAUUGUCACUCUGGGAGAGCUCUUUGCGAUCUUGGGGAAGGACAUGGACUCCGAGGUGGAUCAGAUUGCUGCAGUCCUUCUCCACAUGUUGCGGAACUCCCCAGAGUUUAUUCAGAAGGCAGCCUGUCAGAGCCUGGGCAUGAUGGUAGAGAACGUGACUCCUACACGAGCAAUGACUGCUCUCAUGGACAAUGGAGUCAAGAGCCGCUACGUCCCGGCACGGAAGUGUACGGCCCAACUCCUCCUGUCCUUGAUGGAGAAAAUGGGAGUCACGAAGCUUGCAGGCACACCCAGGGCUGAGAGGCUGGCACAGGUGGCAGGGACACUUGCUCAGGACAGUCACAAGGACACGAGGCAUUAUGGACAGGAGAUGGUGAAGAUGUUGCUUAGUAAUCAAAAAUUUAAAAAGCUUUUGGAACAAUCUCUUUCCACACAUGACCUGGAAGAUAUCCUGAAGAGAAUUAAGAAGAAAGAAUACUGCCCUGCUGUCAAGCCCUGUGGAGCUGGAAGAAGCUUGGGCAAAGUCUGCCACUGGUGGACGCCGCCUACGCCGUGCAAGAGCCCAGGUCACAUUACCUGCAUCUGUGGAAGAAAGGGAGCUGCUCCAGAAGCUUUACCAUCUCCUGGAAGCCAAGGCGUUCCAGACACGGAUGGAAGGAGUGGCACUCCUCCUAGACCUGUCCAAAACCAGACCCCAGCUCAUCUCCACUAACAUUGUCCAAAUUUUUGAUUAUUUUGGCCUGAGAAUCUGUGACACACAUAAGAAAGUGAAGCAGAAGGCGCUGGAGGCGCUGGCAGAAAUCAUAGGACUGCUGCAGGAUGCCAUGAACCCGUUGAUGAUCCGUUUGGUUGAAGGCAUAACAAAGAACCUAAACUCAAAGGAUCCCGGGGUUCAUGCUGCAGCUAUGACGGCUCUGGACCAAUCUGUUGUGCAUUUAGGUAAGGCUGAGCCCUGGCAUGGACUCUCCUCACCUGUGUCUCUGUCUCUCCGACACAAGAGAACGCUGAGUGCCUUGGUAGCUGUUGCUGUCUGUGGAAUGCUCCAGCUGACACCCACCAGAAGCUGUGCAGGUGCAGUCCUUAUGCACCAUCCCCAACUGGCUGGAAUGUGCAGCAGCAUUUCCCAACAGUCCCAGGAGCCCUUGGCUCUGUGCUGCUGGUCUGAAGAGCAAGUCCUGGACUAGAGCUUUGCUGCAAUUCAGAGGCAAAGGGGUUUUGGAGUUUGCUUGGGCCCCGUCUGACUUGCCAAAUGAACAGUUUUGCUGUUGGCAUGAAGGGACACCGGCCCAUCAGAGCUUCUGCACAGCAGCCACCUGGAAGGCUCUACAUUAUAGGCAGUAGCUGCCUGUUUUCCACCUUUCUUCUUUGUAUUCUUUUUUCAAAGGAGAACAUAGGAUUCAUCAAGUUCAUUUCUUUAUAACACACGGGUCAAAAUCCAUCUGUCAAUGAUGCCUUGUUCCACACGUUGUUUUGCAUGGGACAAGAAGGAAAUGGCAAAUACCUACAGAGGCAAGGGCAGCUGUAAAUUUUUCUGCCAUACAGAUUGAUGUCAGGUCUGAAAAUGCCACACUGGGGGAAUAUGGCUGAACAAUGGAGUGUUGAAGAGGCAGGUCUUCAAGGGUAGUUUCCACUUUCUCCACCUCAGCUGCUCUGUGAAGUCAUGGACUGCCUGACUCAGUGCUUUUCUGUGUCCCAAGUAUGGGCUUCUUCCUUUUGGCUCUGGGAUGCAGAACCUUUUCACUGCUUCCAUGUGACUGAACUCUCGAGGACCCUGAUGUGAAAUGUUUUAACAUAGCUCCUGGUAGAGCAGACAACUUUGGAUUUACAAAUGUGAAAGGAGAGCUUUUCUUUUGGCGUUUUAAACACUGACAAGUAGGCUGGAAGGAAAGAAGAAAAGGAUUCAAAAAUCAGCAGAAAUGGACUUUAUUGUAUAAAAUGGGUUGCCCCUGUCCUUUCCCUCGCCACUGUCCUCUCUCCUAUGCCCUCAGAAGAGUGAACAGAAA